AUGCCUUCAUUCAACAACGAUCACCGCAUUCGAAAGCCCUAUCCUCGUAGUAGAGGUCUCGUGCAGAACAAAAACCUCAAACCGUCAUUGAACAUCAACACUAGUCGCCGGUUUGAGAAAUUCGAUACUAAUAAUAUCUUUGCUCACACACACUUCUCAGCUACCUCAAGUAGCCGACCAAACAGUCAACAGGAGGAUACAUGGCUUCACGUUGAGCAGAAGGACUCUGUUUCGUUUCUCAUGUCUUCACUCAACUCCGCGGCCGACGACUGGAAUUGUAAGGACUGUAGCUGGCAGCUUCGUAACCUGGCUGCCAAGUUCUACACCCAAUCUCACUCAAACAAAAACGAGCUUCCUACGUCUUGUCCUACGGGAAAGGCUCCCCGAGAACCUGCGUCUUAUCGACGAGAUCGUCGUCGAGACUCAGGCGCCAUGCCAAUGCGCUCUACUUCCUCCGUGAGAAGCUCGGUUUCUUCUAACCUUUCAGGCGACGUUGCGUAUCUCAGACGAUGUACGCUAACAAAAGACAGGGGACAGAACGGCCAAACGUUUUACGGGGUUCACCAGGCCCAUCUGGAUCUGAGCCUGGGAGAGACUGUCAGCGUCCACAUGCGCCCAACCGACCAGAGGCACAAACUCAACCAACUCAGGCCUGGUACCAUCAUCUCGGCCCCUUUCCACAGCCAGAACCGCGAUGACAAGGUUUCAACGACCAACUAUCACACGGCAGUCUCUGGCUUCGGCCCCAUCUACUCCAAGUACCGCAAGAUGAUCACCAUCGAGAUCUGGGGAGAUCAUGCCGUUUGCCUGCCCAUCUACAGUUACAACGGCAAAGGUCUUGAGAACCGUGGAGGCAUGGUAGACGAGUACAUGGACAUUCGUGAUAUUGACGACGAGGAGCCUGAAAAAGGCGAUACCCCCCACGAACCGCUCAUGGCUAUCCGAAGUCAAGAUUGGCCUGGUAAGAACACCUUCAUCUGUGGUAGGUCAGUAGUCAAACUGUCCGAGAAAAUAACACACCAUGGCUUCGCAAAGUGUUCAAUCGAAGGAACCCUCGAGAAAGCAGAGUUCCAACGUAUGUAUAAAGCAUACCUUGGGCUGCUGCAGUCAAAGGCGCUCGACGUCUUUGGCAAACCUGUUGAGGCUACAAUCAUACCAACCAAAGCAUAA